CGGUGGAUUUAAACGCGUUGAAAACUAUAUUAUAUCGUGUUUAAUACAAAAAUAAUUAAGUCAGUUUAGUGCAAGUUCCAUUCACAAAUUUUAUACAAAGUGUUUGAUACCAAUUUGCAACAUUAAAACAGUGAAAAAUCGUUCUAAGUGCUGUGUGACGUGUGUGUUGUUAUAGUUUGUUGGAUUUUUUUACGAAACAAGUAAAGUGAAACAUAAUAUUUAUCUUGGAUUACGUGUAUGAAUGAGUUACAUAAAACCGAAGAUAUUUCUGGAACUAAUUUCAUAGUCAUUGAAGAAUUAACUUCGCAAAUCUUCUGAAACCAUGAAGUCGGAUCGAACUAUGGCGUUGGUACAAAAUGUGUGUCGCGGUUUAUGUUGAACAGCAUUCAUUAGAUAAAACUCUUAGAGUUACUUAGAUAUAUUAACAAAGUUGAACAUAAAACCGCAAACACGGGACAUACAAAGAAUAACAACGCCGUGGACACCAUGACCACGCGCAAGAAGAAAAGGCAACAAGAAGGCGGCGGCUUCCUGAAGAAGGUGUCGUCGCUUUUUAACCUGGAUACGAUGAAUGGUGACGAUCCUGCGUCAUGGACAAUCCAAGAAGUCGUUCUCGAGCGCGGCGACACCGGCCUCGGUUUCAGCAUCGCGGGCGGCACGGACAAUCCGCACGUGGAACGCGACACCUCGAUCUAUGUCACGAAACUGAUCCCUGGUGGAGCGGCCUGCGCGGACGGACGGCUGGCGGUCGACGACUGCAUAUUGCGCGUCAACGAUUGCGACGUGCAGGGCGUACCGCAUUCGGAAGCGGUCGAAGCGCUCAAGAGAGCUGGAAACACAGUCAAACUGUUGAUAAAACGACGCCGUCCUGCCGGUCCUCGCCUUAUGGAAUUGGAAUUGGUAAAAGGUGAUAAGGGACUUGGUUUUAGUAUUGCUGGUGGUAUUGGCAAUCAACACAUACCUGGAGAUAAUGGAAUUUACGUUACGAAAAUUAUGGAAGGCGGCGCAGCACAUGCCGAUGGCCGCCUGGCGGUCGGUGACAAGUUAGUGGCGGUGCGAAACACGGCGCAGGGCGAACGAGAUCUUCAAAACGUGACACACGAAGAAGCGGUUGCGACGCUUAAAGCAACUACGGAUAGAGUUGUGCUGCUCAUUGGAAAAACCGAACACCGACCUGAUUGUGUGACCGACAGCGCACCGUUGCGGGCUUCUACAGCAAAUUUACAUCAUUCACAAACUUUACCAAGACCUCUUACACCGAGAGCUGUAAGCCAGGAAGAUAUCUCGAGGGAGCCCCGCACGAUUGUUAUUAACAAGGGUAAUAGUGGCUUAGGUUUUAAUAUCGUGGGCGGUGAAGAUGGUGAAGGCAUUUUUGUAUCAUUUAUUUUGGCCGGUGGACCUGCGGAUGCUGGAGGUGAGUUGCGUCGUGGCGACCAGAUCAUCAGCGUUAACGGAGUUGAUCUGCGCAAUGCAACGCACGAGGAGGCUGCACAAACAUUGAAGAGUACCGGACAGACAGUGACAAUAAUAGCACAGUAUCGUCCGGAUGAUUACAACCGCUUUGAGGCCAAAAUAACCGAUCUAAAGCAAAAACUCAGCACAUCGGGCGGCACAUUGCUGCGCACUUCGCAAAAACGCACUUUGUUCGUGCGCGCGUUAUUCGAUUACGACCCGAACCGCGAUGACGGUCUUCCGUCCCGCGGACUGCCAUUCCGCCACGGCGAUAUUUUACACGUGACGAACGCCAGCGACGACGAAUGGUGGCAGGCUCGCCGGGUACCUCCUCCAGGAGGUGCUGAUGAAGGUACGGUUGGCAUAGUUCCUUCUCGCAAACGUUGGGAGAGGAAACAGAAGGCCAGAGAUCGCAGCGUCAAGUUCCAGGGACAACAGCCUGGACAAGUUGGGGAUAAGCAAAGCACGCUCGAUAGGAAGAAGAAAAAUAACUUUGCAUUCAGCAGAAAGUUUCCAUUUAUGAAGUCUAAAGAUGAUAAGAGCGAGGAUGGAUCUGAUCAGGAACCCCCUAAUCAACAUGGUGUCGAAUCUAAUGAUAAUGAAUCUCAUACAUUUAUGUUGUGCUACACUCAAGAUGAAGCAAAUCCCGAUGGUAAGUCAUGUGCAUCAGGCACCGGGGAGAUCGUGUAUCGCAUAGAGCUUCCCGAUAUGCAUCAGAUCGAGUUGAUUUAUCUCGAAAACACGGAAAGCAGUGACAGUAAGUCCGGCGAAGAAAACGUUCUUUCUUAUGAAGCUGUGCAACAAUUGACUAUAAAUUACACCAGACCAGUCAUAAUAUUAGGACCGCUCAAGGAUCGCGUCAAUGAUGAUUUGAUUUCCGAAUUUCCCGAAAAAUUCGGCAGCUGCGUACCUCAUACUACAAGACCGAAGAGAGGCUAUGAAGUGGAUGGUCGAGAUUAUCACUUCGUGGCAUCCCGCGAACAAAUGGAACGUGAUAUUCAAAAUCAUUUGUUUAUUGAAGCAGGACAGUACAAUGAUAAUUUAUAUGGAACUUCUGUAGCUUCUGUUCGUCAAGUUGCAGAAAAGGGUAAACAUUGCAUUUUAGAUGUGAGCGCUAAUGCUAUAAAACGACUUCAAGUCGCACAACUUUAUCCCAUUGCAAUAUUCAUCAAACCAAAAUCAAUUGAAUCUAUUAUGGAAAUGAAUAAACGAAUGACUGAAGAGCAGUCUAAGAAAACUUACGAACGUGCUCUAAAGAUGGAACAAGAAUUUGGAGAGUACUUUACAG